ACCAAAAGGUAGUGCUCCGAAACUAACGGAAGGUUAUCCCCAUAUAGAUACUUUAAAACCCAAGCAUACAAAGUGUACAGUAGGACACUUGGAUCUAGUGACGGUAAUAAACACACUACUGGCGAGAAAUACUGCGCACUACAGACUCCUGGGACUUCUUACAAACUCACAAACAAUAACUUGAGCUGUUGGAGAAAAGCACCAGAGUUUUAUUAAAUUCAACACUGAACACACUCUGGAGGACUUAUAUUAAAAAGGAGGACCAUAAAACCAAUAAUCAACCCAGGAACUCAAGGGGGAACUAUUUGCUGUGCACCACGAACAAUUUGGGGCACAUUUUUCUCACUUGGUCGUGAAUUGAAUUGGACGUAUACGAGAUGAGUGGCACACAAGUAUCCGGUGAGGUAUUUACUGGUGGCGCUACCACUUCACAGCAUGUAGAGGCCGAAGAUGAAGAUCAUUUUGAAAAUACCACCUUCAAGCUCAAAAGAACGAGGUCGAUGGGUCUUUUGGAUGAAUUCAUCCAACCAACGACUCCAGCAAAUGAAAGUCAACCACUGACGGCACCGCCCAGUGUUGGUCCGGACUUUGAGCAUGUUGAAGAUCAACACAUGGAGCCAUUGCCCAAAAAUCUUACCUUGGAUACGUCUGAGGUACCCGAACAACCGGUACGAACACACACUCCAACAUCACCAAUACUUUUGAAGAGUCCUGAAAUGAUCCCUCAUGAUGACACAGAUAUUCAAGAAGAACCAUCAAGACACGUUGAUUACCUCUCGCAUAAGUGGGAUGUGUCCGACAUUUCUAAAUCCUGGAGAUAUGUCAUUCAAAAGAGACGUGACGUGGCGGAUUCUGCUAGACUUGAAAAUGCCAGUUGGAGAACAUGGGCGCAAAGAAGGUCCAAUUUGAAGACAAUUUCUCCCGAGGCAGUGAAUUGGUCGAAAGAAAGUGAUGUUACUUGGCUUUAUGGACCAAUUUUGAAAGAUGAAGAAAAUGUUGUUCAUUCAGAUGCUGAUGACAUUUCUCAACAUAAACUUAGCACCACUGCAACAAGUUCUGUAGCUGGAGAUAUAUCACUCCCCAUUAAGACUCGUUCUGCUAAGAAUGGUCCCAAGCCAAUCUUGAAACGAAGAACAGUAGAAGAUAUGAUGAUUAGUCAUUCUAACUUGUUGAAAUUACAAUUGGCAGAAAAUCGAUUGAUCCAACAUAAAAAGCAAGAAGAACAAAAACAGCAACGUAAACAAGAGGAAAGACAUCAUCAGAGAAAACUUUCCGAUAAUGAACCACCAGAGUUUGAUGAUUAUGAUGCUAUCUCAGCAAAAUUGAAUUCCCAGUACACAACUUCUCGUAAUAGUCUGACAACAAGUUUGAAGAACUUGAAGAAUGAAACUAAGGAAUUGGGCAAUUCCAUGGGUGGCGUCACAUUGACAUCCCCAAAUAAUGCUGUAGAUGUAACGUCUGCCAAAGGGGAUGAAACAAAGGAAGCAACUAAUUCAAACUCCGACCCUACAUCUAUUGCAACUACAGACAUGGAGCAAUCGGAUAGCGUGUCAAGUGCGGAAAGUAAAAAAGAUAGACACAUUCAUUUUAACGACGAAGUGCAACAAUGCAUCGCAGUUUAUGAGUUUUCGGACGAAGAUGACGACGAAGACUACUACGAUGAUGAUUCUGACGACUAUGCAUAUGAUGAUAGAGAAGAUUACAUAUAUGAGGACCAUGAUAAUGAAGGUAGAACAGAAGAUUAUGAGGAUGAAGAGGACGAAGAUGAAGAUGAUGAUGAAGGUGGGUUCUUUUUGAAAGUUAGAUCCCCAUCUUCUGCAAGCUUACAUGCUUCAUCACUUCCCGGGUUUACCAUGCCACUUGUCCCACUGAAAGAUGAGGGAACUCAGGGCUUGAAUGACCUUAACGAUGAUGCCCAUUCUAUGAGUUCCACUGCAAGUAAGUAUAGGACUAUUCAAUUAUUGCCAUCCACCACUCUUAACCACGGUUCAUCAGAUGAAGAAAGUGAUGAUGAGAAUCCAUACACUUCAAGUUUGAGUCACAAUGUGAACAAUAAUAGUAGUAGAGGAUAUGAUUAUCAUUACGAUUAUAACACAGUAUAUACAGUUGAUCCUAACCAUUCGAUAUAUGGCAGUAAGGCUCCAAACCAGGAAACUCCAGACGUGGUUGAUGUACCGGAAAACAUAACGUUGGGAUCUAAUUUUGACUAUAAAGAUAUAGAAAAUGAAGAAUUCCGCGGGAAGGAUGGAGGUGAAUAUCACAGUUCUAUGCCUAUAAUCGACCCGGUUCUUAUUACGAAUAAUAAUGUGAACUAUGGUAACGAUCAACUACAACUACAACAUCAAGUUGGUGACUUUUCAUCAUCAUUGCCAAAGAAUAAGAAAAGUCCAUUUGACUUUAAUGAUUCUGAUUCUGACUCUGAUUCAGAUAGUGAUGAAGGUGGCUUAUCUAUUGGGACCAGAACAUCUAGCCAUUCGUUGGCUCAACUGGUUUUUGGUAGUGGUAACAUUCCUGCGGCAGCUCCCGUGUACGAGCCCAUGAGUGUUCCUACUGGAGGAUCUGCAGGUUCCGGGUUCUUCAAACAACCCUCUUCUUCGAAUUCACUUUCUUCACAGUUUUUUGGGUCUGGUAUGACAAAGCAAAAGGGUUCUUCUAGUGCACUCUCUGAACAGUUUUUCAACGCCAAGAAGGAUACAGCAAAGGAAAAACAACAACUGCCUCCUCAACACCACACACCCGCGCCAACUCAACGCAAAGCUUCCCCACUCCCACCUCAUAUCACGUCAGCUAAUGCAUUUCUGGGCAACAUUACACCACCUCCACCCACGCAUAACAAUGAAGGGGGUACGUUCUUAUUUGAUUCAGAUAGUGAAUCUGAAGAUGAAUUCAUAGAGGAUACUUCAAAUUAUGAUCGUAACAGUCCUUCCAACAACACACCAAGUUAUACAACUUUGUCACAAGUGGCUGGGGAGAAUGGCAUUCGCAGUCCUUCACCAGAUGUUAGUGGUGAAUUGGGAACGAGUUCCGCACCAGUGAACAUUAACCCCACCAAUUCCAACAACCUUGUUGGUCAAGCCAAAGGAUUUGCAAAUCAACUAUUAGGAUCUUGGAAGGGUACUGAGAGGGAUUCGUCACCAAAGCAAUAAUGAUUAACCUUAUGCAUAUUAUGUGUGGUCUGGCUCAAUAUGGAUUUAUCAUAUGCCUGUGUUUAGACGGGGUGUAUGGGUUAGAAUGACCGAG